AUUCCUCAUCCAGGAACAUAUCUAUGUGCAGUGAUGGAGGAUGUGUGUCACAACUCUCAAGAGAAUACAGGAAAUGCAGAAUUAACAACGGAAUUAACAGAAAUGGAGUCAUGGGACAGCACUGGCGUCAGCAGCAAGAACAUCAUCCUGAGUGCCAGUCAGUGCUCAGAGGAGAAUGUUUUGAAAUGCACAUUCAAGGCCUGUGAUCCAGAACAAACAGGAGAGGUGUCUGUUUUCCGAAUCAUUGAAUACUUACAGGAGAUGACCGGGCAGAGCUUUGAAGACUGGAGGUUUCAGUCUCUCUAUACAAGACUGGAUCCAGAAGAGAGAGGCAUUGCUGUUGACUUUCCUACCUUUCAUCAAGUCAUGAAGGACUGGAUAUCAGAUUGCAGAAAAGAUGGAGAAGAGGCGGCAGAUUUGAUGAACAGCAUUGAAGAUUUGCAGCAUGGGAACAAGCAGCUAGCUGUGCAGAACAUCAAGUUGCAAAGGACGAUUGAGACUGCAGAAGAGCUCAAUUUGCGACUUUCUGAGGAGAUUGUUGAGCUGAAAGGAAAGCUGAGAGUCACCCAGCAAGCCCUAGAACAAGCUAGAGCAGUGGCAAAUGAAUUAGAAGAUCUGAAGUUUUUUUGCAAAAAUUUGGAAGAGGAGAACAGCAAAUUUCACACGCAAGGUCGGCAGCUGGAAAAAGAACAGCAGUGCCUCUUGAUUCAAGUAGAUAGCCUGCAGGAAGAGAACAGGAAGUUGCUUCUGGAAAAAGAAAACUGUAAGAAUAAAAUCAAACAGCUGUGUACAGAGAAGGCCAAAAUUAAGUCUCAGCUCUAUGAGUGUGAAAAUCUUAUCUCUUGCAAAGAUACAGACCUUAACAAGAAACAGAAACAAACUGAAGAGUUGACAGUGACUCUAGAUGAAUACCAAAUGAUGGUACAGAAAUUGAAACUGGAAGUCCUCAGGCUUCAAAAGCAGCUAUGCCAUUCCUGUGAAGAUAGAAAAGGGCAAGUAUUAAAUUCCCUAGAAAAUGUGAAGACCUGCUGCGUACAGGCCGGAGCACAGCCACUCUCUGUGGAGAUUGAAGAAUCCCAGAAAGGAUCAAUCAGUUCAAAGGCAGAUAGUACCCAAAUGUUACUGCAAAAGAUAUACAGAUCAUCUCAUUUGAGCCUUGUGACAGAUGUUCAAUCCACAUUGAAGGAUCAGGAAUACAGGCAGCAGCAGGAACAUCGUACAUCAGAGCUGGUAGAAAGCAUGAAGGAACAAACCCAGGGUAGUUUAGCAAGUGAACAGAGUGGCAACAGCAAGCUUGGAGUGACUCAAAAAAGCAGCAAGAUGGAGACAUCAACACAUUUUGAACUUGGAGAAGAGGAUGAAUAUACUAACCUUCCAGAAAUCCCAGAAAUCAGCUCAGCAGAACUCAGGUGUGAACCAGCCCCUGAAGAACAGGCUUUAAUCCCAGUGUACCAUGAGCUAGUGCCAGCUGGUAGGAAGAAGCUGUUCAACAAAUGGUUUGCGAGUCUGACAGAAUGGUUCCUUGAUGUUCCUUUAGGAUACCUGUUACUGCUCAUCUUGCAGAAACUAGUGCUUCUUGGGCUUCUCAUUGCAUGUGUUUCAUUACUGACAAUAGUCUAUUUAGUGCCACCGUAUGGCCAUCAUCUUGUCUGGACUGAACCCAGGGGAAAUCCUUGGCCUCAGCUGCAACUGCAGUACCUACGACCACCACCCAUCUAGUGUUGUUCCUCUUCAUCAAUUUGGGCAAAGGAAAGGAAGCUGAUCAGAAAGACCAAUAUGCUGUAUAAAAAUAAAUCUGUGGAA